AUGGCCUCAGUCGCUCGGGGCAGCGCGCUGCUGCGCACCCUCGCCAGGCCAUGCAGCCGUUCCUUGGCCAGGCCGGCAUUGGCACCCAGGGCUCUCACAAGACUCGCCCACUCCAAGUCUUCCUUCUACUCUGAGCCCGAGGGCCCGUCAGUCAAGACCGAGAUUCCCGGUCCCAAGGCCCAAGCCGCCAUCAAAGAGUUGGAUGAGGUGUUUGACACGCGCAGUCUGAACAUGCUCACAGACUACCCAAACAGUUCUGGCAACUACAUCGUUGACCCCGAUGGAAACGUGCUGCUCGAUGUCUAUGCCCAAAUUGCCUCUAUCCCAAUCGGAUACAACAACCCCGCUCUCCUGGAAGCUUCACGCAGCCCUGAGAUGCUCCAGGGUUUGGUCAACCGCCCAGCCCUGGGCAACUUCCCACCCCACGACUGGACUAACGUCCUCAAGUCGGGCAUCCUUAAAGUCGCCCCCAAGGGUCUUGAUCAGGUUUUCACCGCCAUGGCAGGUUCCGACGCCAACGAGACUGCAUACAAGGCUGCCUUUAUGUACAGGCGGCAGAAGGAGCGUGGCGGACGUGACGUUCCCUUUACCGAGGAGGAGCUGCGCACUUCGAUGCUGAACAGGUCCCCCGGUGCUUCGCAGGAGCUCUCAAUCCUGUCCUUCAAGACCGGCUUCCACGGCCGCCUCUUUGGCUCCCUCUCGACCACGCGGUCGAAGCCCAUCCACAAGCUCGACAUUCCCGCCUUCGACUGGCCCCAGGCCACAUUCCCACUGCUCAAGUACCCCCUUGAGGAGCACGCGGCCGAGAACAAGGCGGCCGAACAGGCCGCUCUCGCCGAGGUCGAGGACCUAAUCCUCAACUACCCCAAGCCGCCUUGCGCCGUUAUUGUGGAGCCUAUCCAGUCUGAGGGCGGCGACAACCACGCCUCGCCCUCAUUUUUCCAGGGACUGCGCGAUAUUACCAAGAAGCACGACGUGUUGCUGAUUGUGGACGAGGUGCAGACGGGCGUUGGUGCCACAGGACGCUUCUGGGCCCACGAUCACUGGAACCUGUCGAGCCCGCCCGACAUGGUGACCUUCUCCAAGAAGGCCCAGACGGCCGGCUACUACUUUGGCAACCCGGACCUGAGGCCCAACCUGCCCUACAGGCAGUUCAACACGUGGAUGGGCGACCCGGCCAGGGCCAUCAUCUUCCGGGCUAUCAUCGAGGAGAUCGAGAGGCUGGACCUGGUUGCCAACACGGCCCGCGUCGGCGACUACCUCUUUGCUAACCUCGAGCGCCUGGCCGAAAAGUACCCGACCGAGUUCCAGAACCUGCGCGGCAAAGGCCAGGGUACUUUCAUCGCCUUUGACAACCCCCGCCGCGACGAGUUCCUCAAGAGGGCCAAGUCCUUCGGCAUCAACAUUGGCGGCAGCGGCGCCUCGGCCGUGAGGUUGCGACCCAUGCUGAUAUUCCAGGAGAAGCAUGCCGACAUCCUGCUCGAAGCCCUGGAGAAGAUUGUGACGUCAUGGUAA